GGCGUCGGCGGUGCUGUCGCUGAGCAUGCGGGCAGCGGCCCUGCUGAGCCCCCCUCCAGCCACAGCUCUUGCUGUCAGAUAUGCAUCCAAGAAGACAGGUGGCAGCUCCAAAAACCUUGGUGGAAAGUCAUCAGGCAGACGCUAUGGCAUCAAGAAAAUGGAAGGUCACUAUGUUCAUGCUGGCAACAUCCUUGGGACUCAGCGCCAUUUCCGUUGGCACCCAGGUGCACAUGUGGGGCUGGGGAAGAGGAAGUGCCUGUACGCCCUGGAAGAGGGGAUAGUCCGCUACACUAAGGAGCCCUACGUGCCCCAUCCCCGCAACUCGGAGGCUGUGGAUCUGGUUACAAGGCUGCCCAAGGGUGCUGUGCUCUACAAGACUUUUGUCCACGUGGUUCCUGCCAAGCCUGAGGGCACCUUCAAACUGGUGGCUAUGCUUUGAGGCCAUUAGACAGAGACUGGAGCCCAGGUGACAGAAGUCAAGGGUUGAAGUGAUGAUAAGGCCUCCCAAGGAAGAGGAGGUGUGCUUGGUGAAGGAGUCUCUGCGGGAGACUCUGUGAAGUGACUGCUGAGAAACCCUUUGGGAGACCUGACCUGGGACCAAAAAUAAAGUUAGCUGGAAUCA